ACAUAGUGCAGAGUUCAAGGGUGCGCUAUGUACAGAGUGCAGGGUUCAGAGGUGCGAUAUGUACAGAGUGCAGGGUUCAGAGGUGCGAUAUGUACAGAGUGCAGGGUUCAGGGGUGCGAUAUGUACAGAGUGCAGGGUUCAGAGGGUGCACUAUGUACUGAGUGCAGGGUUCAGGGGUGCGCUGUGUACAAAGUGCAGGGUUCAUGGGUGUGCUAUGUAUAGAUUGCAGGGUUCAAGGGUUCCCUAUGUACAGAGUGCAGGGUUCAGGGGUGCCCUAUGCACAGAGUGCAGGGUUCAGGGGUGCGCUAUGUACAGAGUGCAGUUUUAUGGGUUCCCUAUGCACAGAGUGCAGAGG